GCGGUCAAAAAUAUUAGACAAAAUGCUGCACGGGCUUGCCAUACAUGAUUCGGUGGGCGUCAUCAUGGAGGACCAGCAGAGACUGUAGCUGGGAAACAAAAAGCUGCACCGCCGCAGAAUCACUCAGCUGCACCGCCUCGUUUUAUCUGAAAGGUCAUCACUGAACCGAACCAGCUCAGGAGACAACUGAGGGGCAACAGCGGCCAAGAUGAAGCAUUUCCUCAGAGUGGUGACCCAGUUCUUUGUGUUCCUCUACUGUAAAUGUCUGUGGCGGGGCCUGAAGUUUGUCGUCAGAAGGUUUACGGGCCGCUGCGAGCUGCAGCGAAUCUGCUACAACAACAAGCCCGGAGCUCGCAGGACUCUGAAGAUAGAGUCUUCCAUGCGUUACUCCAAGUAUGAGCUGCUGCAGUCGGCCCUCGGCGUCCAUCCUGACAAAGUGGAGAAGACCAUUGAUGACAUCAUGGCCUUGAAGAAGAUCAACCUGGACACCAACCCACAGCUGGGCAUCUCUCUGCAGGCCAGCCUGCUGCAGAUUGUGGGCUACAGGAGUUUGAUGGCAGCGGUGGAGAAGCUUCGCCGGGAACCUUAUGACUGUGAAAACGCUGAGCAUGAGAACAUGCUGAUGAAGCUGUGGAAGGAGCUGCGUCCUGACACCCCCCUGACCGGACGCAUCUCCAAGCAGUGGUGUGAAAUUGGUUUCCAAGGCAACGAUCCCAAGACUGAUUUCAGAGGGAUGGGCCUGCUGGGCCUGCAGAACCUGCUGUAUUUUGCAGAACAUGAUAAGCCCACAGCUCUGCAGAUGCUCCAGGAUUCUCUGCAACCAAAGCACAAGAGCACUCACAGAAAACCCAGUGAGCUAAACAAACCUGACUGGGAGCAGAAGAACCCUGACAAAGCUAUCGGAUAUUCUUUUGCCAUCGUGGGCAUCAACAUCACAGACCUGGCGUACUCUCUGCUGGUGAGCGGCGCUCUGAAGACCCACCUGUACAACGUGGCCCCAGAGAUGCCCAGCCUGCAGCACUUCCAGCAGACCUUCUGUUACCUGAUGCAGGAAUUCCACCGCUUCUGGAUCGAGGAGGACCCCAGUGACAUCAUGGAGUUCAACCGGGUGCGCUCCAAGUUCCACCGGAGGAUCCUGCGGCAGCUGAAGAACCCCGACAUGGCUUUGUGUCCCCACUUCGCCGCCUCUGACCUCCACCUGGUCAACAUGUAAUCUCCUACAGCCCCCGCCCCUAGGAGAUCUUCAGUAGGUGUUUGGUAGGCAGGUGAAAGGUCACACUCAUGUAGAUGGUUCUCUGAACUGCUGGACAUACCUGAGGAGAAGCUUUUCCUCCUCUCCUCAGCACAACUCUUUCCAGCUAACAUCAUGUUGCACCACUGCCAACAGCUCACUAUACGCUCAGUAUUCAACCUGCUUCUGAUCUUCCCUCAAGGCCUUCACCACACUAAUCUGGAUAUUUUCUCAACCUGAUAUUUCCAUCCACAUGAAAACAAAUACUAACAAAAACACUAAAAUAAUCUUUCUGGACCAGUAGGUGGCGAUAAUACUGACAUCAAGAACAAUUAAAAAUAUUACAAAGGAAAUUGAUUCUGAGAGUAACUCGUUAUUCUGUUAUUUGACUUCUAUCUAUCUAGAGAGUUUGGACUCUAUAUAGAGUCCAAACCCUUCCACAUUCAGACAAAACAAUAAAUAAAUGUACACAUUUUCUCUAAAUAAUAAACUUUUUCAUCCUGUGGCUGAAAUUUAAAGGUAAUGUGUCAGAAAACAUAAAUUGAUACGUAAAACAUGAAUUUAUUUCUUCCUUUUUUAAAUAAAAUUGCUGAAAUAAUAUUAAGAUGCUGAAAAAAAACUAUUAUUUAUGUUUUAAGAGCCAAAACUGUCAGAUUCCUGCUAAAUAUGAUGUCAUUUUCAUGUAUUUGUGCCAAACUGAUUGAAGCAAACAUUUUAAUCUAAAGUGUCAUUAAACGUUGGAGCCGCUGUUCAGGCUGCGUGCCGACAAUAAGACCCCUUCAGAGGCCAAGUUCAGUUUGUUUUUUUAAAAGUACAGGAAAAAGUUCCCACCAGAACCGCAAUCAUACCGCCGCAGCUCCUCUGUGACCCAGUUCUUCUAACCGCCGACACGACAUCUCUGAGGCAGACGAGGGAUGGAGUUUAAUUUAGAAUGGUAAAAAAGUCACUAAGGCUGUGGUAUUAACAAUAAAACCAUGAGUAACACACAUCAGGUAUGAUAUCUGUACAUUAAGCAGUGUGUGAUUAUGCAGCACACCUGGUGAGGUCUCCAGGUGUUCAUCAGAUCUAAGAAAGGCUGAAAAACCUUCAGUUUUUGACCAAACGUUUUGCAACUUCUGCCAAAUGUCUGUGGAUAAUUUUCUAGAUGUAUUUUCAGCAGAAAUGCUCACAGGAGGUUCAUACGUGUCAUGAUUGUAUCGUAGCUGCUGGUUACCUUUUGUUUUCAUUUAUAAAUUAAACACUGACAGUAAAUUAAACAGAAAUAUAGAAUCUUUAUCUGCAUGUUGAUGUUAUUACAGCAAUACCAGAACUUAAAUGAUUAAAUUAAUUCAUACGGAAACUAGUGAAGCUGUCUUUGAGAUUUCGCUUUAUGCUCUCUGACAUUUUUACAUCAUCCUAAAAAUGUUUGCUCUAAUUUUAAGCUCACUCCACUUUUCAAGCAGGCUGUUUUACUCGGUCUAGGCCUAGAUGGAAAAUAUGGGUCUAAAUUAAGACUGUGUAUUCACAUUAAACAGGGUCUACAUUUGGCCUCCACGUUAAAAUCAGAUCUAUUGUUUAGUGGGUCAUUAGUCCUGGACUCUAACUGUGUGGCUCAUCUAGAAAAGGUCAAUCUCAGCUAAAACAUUUCAACUUCUAAUAAAUGUUUAAAACACACUAAAGAACCUUUAGACCACAGAAAUACAGAUUUUAGCCCAGAAUGUAUCUGGUCCAUCUCAACAUGUUUUUGGAAGUGAAAAACGCCCACUGGGGAAGUUGUAGCAAUGUCAUUUUUUCCAGAGCUUGGAGAACAUGGAGCUUUUAUCCUUCACAGGUAUCUUUGAAAACCUUUCUAAAGUCUUAAUUCUUCUCACCUAAACCCAGUUUGCAUGUGGUGGAGAAGUGCAAACCGCAGAAAGUACCUGUUAGUGUGGACAUGGCCUUACGUCGAUCCUAGAAACCAAUUAUUUCCAUAAAGCAGUGGGGCAUUUACACAGCCAAGGGUCAAAGGUCAAACAGGCUCAAUGAGAGCCAGAUUUGGACUUCCUCCACAGUCAUAUACACUGCCUCCUACCUGCAGCUUCAGACCACCAGCAUUGAAGACGACCAUAGCGAUUGUAGCUGUGCUUCACGAGGCUGCAUCACACCAUCACUUUUCCUUGUCGCUUUAAAACAUCAUGACGAUUGUUUUACCGCCGUUUCACCUCAUUUUCUGAUUUUAUUAACAAACCAAAUUUAGUUUCUUGACCAAAACUGUCUUUAAGAUGACAACAUACUGAUCACCUGGCAGGAAUAGAAUUUAGUAUUUAGACAGUUUCAGAAUUUAGGACGUAUUUAGCUGUAAGGGAGAAGUUACUUGUGGUUAAACCAACUUAAUGAGCUGCUUCACCUUUUAUCUUUGUCUGUAUUAUUAAAACUGCCAUAGAUUGUAAUUUACAUCUUCUGUACACUUGAACACUGGAGUCUUCUUACCAAAAACACUCAGCAGCAGUUAGUUUGUAGCUCAAUAUCAAGUAAAAAAAAACGCUAAGUGGUGUUAAAAUAUUUCAGUAUGAAAGCCUGAAAAUCUUUCUCUUGAACUAAAUAUCUCGAGUGCUUUAUUUUCACAUUUCAACUAAACUGUACACUAAAUAUUGUGUUUGCACAUUUUUUCUUGACAGGCUUGCAGGACUUUUAAGGUUCUGUUAGGAAUGUUGUUCACCUGCUUUCAUUCAUGAUUGUUUGACUGAAUGUGACUCUGUGUCUAUUGCUGUAUCAGCCAAAGCAAUAAUUCACAUUCAUUUCUCUGCACAUUUCUUUAAUGCACCAUGCGUGCCUGACUGUUUUUUGUUUUCUGUGUUGGAGCUGGCGUCCAGAUCAAGCUGCCAGAUGGGACAAAUAUCGCUGUGCAGCUCACAAAAAGCUCAAAGCUUAAUCGGCAAACUUUUUCUACUUGUUCUCACUAGUCUUUAGCUUCCUGAGAUAUUUUAUGAAGGGUAAAAAUGUUAAAGUUAUUAAAGAUUUCUCAAAUUCCUGGAAAACCAGUUUUCAUUGGAGAGUCGGAAAAUCUGUCCAGGCUGUAAUAUUUUCUAAUUGUUUAAGCAAAUACGACUUUAUAAACUUUUAAUCAGGCAGUUAUUAAGAUACUAAAAGUUAAUUAUUUAUUGCAGUGGUCCAUGGCCCAUUGCUUGAAUGUUCUGUAUGAAAGAAAUGUUGGAAACUGAAGGCAUUAGAAGAAACCAGGAAAAUAUAAAACUAGUGAAGAAAAAUCUCAAAAUAAAUAAUCGGUUGAAGUUAUUUUCUACAUUUUUUCUUUCUCUUCAUUUUCCUUCAGUUAGUGACUCUGGAUGAACCAGAAACUUCCAUAUAAACGUUGAGUGCUGAACGACUGGGUCUGACUGGACCUGAAUGGUCCAGAAUGGUCCUGAUUGGUCUUGAUUGGUUUGGACUGGUUCUAAAUGGACCUAACUGGUCCUAAAGGGACCAGUUCAGAGGCAGAUUUUUGCCUUCUAAAACAGAAAACUCCAAUCUUCUAGAAUUAGUUGUUCUUCGCCCAAAUAUUUUCAAUUUAAACCUUUUAAAACGCUCUGUUUCAUUCUCCUGGUUAUUUACAUGAAGGUCUGUAGUUCAACACGGACAGUAAUGUUAGGCAUGUUGUAAAUAUCAGGUGUAAUCUGGUAAGGAAACUUUCAGGUACAGAAAGUAAUGUUGUGUAAAAAAACACAAAACAAUAUAUUAAACAGUUAAAUUGGUACAAUAUAAUUUAUUUUGACACAUUUUAUGUUUUCUUCCUUUUGAUUGGUUCUCUGGACCAACUUGGUCCUUAAUCUAAGUAAAGAUAAACUGAUGGAUGAAUUUAAUGGCAGUCUGUAGGUUUCGAAACGUUCAAAAAAUGUUUUAAAAUAAACGUUCAGAAUUAUAAAAAUGACUUUUCUCAGAUGUUUUAUUUGGUUUUAUGCAAGUCUUUUUGUAUAAACUGUUAUACUGCUGUCACUUUAUAAUAAGAUCCAUAUUUACACAAAAGUUAUUUACAAGACUGUUGUUCAGUAUUUCUUACAAGUAAUGCUGCUGCAAAUUUCACCUUAUAAAACAUUUUAAUCUGCUCCCAUUGGUUAUUAAAUACCGACAGACCUCCAUGUAAAUCUCAUUUCAUGGUCCGACUUGAGUAAAAGAGUUUUAAAUGUGCAUAAACCGAUUUUAAAGGCAUGGGUUUCAUUCACUGGUGUUUUGUGGAGUUGUGAGCAGUCACUAUAUUACUUGCAGUAGAAACCAGCAGUUUUCACAGGAGAGUCGAGCAAACAGUUAGUCAGGUCAGAUGGAGGUCCAAAGCAGAUCUCUCAAAAGAAUGAACAUUGUGGUCUAUGUUCUGGUAAAAGAAAGAGAUGUGAUGGAAAAUAUAACAUGUUAGGUGUAACCAUCAGAUAUCAAAGUAAAAUUCACCAACAACUUCUAGCUUUGAGUUUUUCAUUAAAGGAUAACUUGGGAUUUACUGACAGGAGUAUCUGGAGUUGUUAGCUGUCAGUAUGUUACCUGCAGUAGAUGAUGUUUAACUUGACUCUCCUGUGAAAAACUAAUAUGUUUCUCCAAACUGAGGCUCUUUAGUUGUUGACAUCUCCAGAAAACCUUAAGAAAAUCUAAAUUCAAUCCUUAAAUUCUCUUAUUACCGGGUGUCCCCUUAAUUAGUUUAAUUAGCUGUGCUUAGUGAAAACUUGAGGUCCCAUCUUGAUUGUUUUUACAGAUUUGUAAAUUGUAGUUGAGUUUCUCCUUCACAAUAAGAAAGGCAUUUUACUCAGAAUAAAGAGCUUGGAAAGAGUCCGACUUAGAAAACAUCAUUUAAUGUAUGAAAAGGAGCAGUUUGAUUCUUAUCUCAGCUCUAAGUUGCACAUUUAGUUGUCACUGAGUGAUUAAAGCCCACAGGUGAUGCACCUUUUUUCACAUAUGUGUUUUUGCUUUGCUUUGACAUCCAUCAACAUGGUGCGAAAAGCUCAGACAAAUGUUCUUAUCAUUAAACUAAAAUGUACAGUAUCAAGAUUUCCUGCCAUGCUUGCACUGUUGAUUGUGUUUAAUAGAGUUGAGACUUUAGUUGCUUUUAAGUGAACUUUGGAGCUUCUAGUCAGUAUUAAACAGCCGCUUAAUUCACUGAAUGCUAGCACUGGUUUGAUCUCAUUCUUGCUGUUAUCUUUGCUUUUCAACGUUUAGCUUUGCACUUCUCUAAAAUAAAACUGCUGUUUUGUUGGGUAUUAAUCUAGUAAUCUGUGGUGUUAGAGCCAUUGAGUUUCACAAUAAUCUAGAUGAGUUUAGGCUACAGCUACUGUGUGUUCUGCUUUAAACCUGCCUGCAGGGAUUCAAUCUGCAUGGAUAUGUUCAUUCUCACUGCUCUGUAUGCUUCAGUAAAGUGCUGUAAAAAUAUUGUAACUGUAGGUUUAAUUUGUCUGUGCUGUACUUUUAGAAACCUUAAUAAAAAGUAAAUGUUAGGUAAAA